CAUAAACACAUUUUCUAUCUCUUUCCCCUCUCCCAAUCCCUCCUCUCUGAUUUCCAUUUUCUCCUGCAAGUCCAAUUAUUUUUCUUGUCAUAUCAUCCAUCAUCCUCCCCAUGCAGCUGAGUUUUCCCUGAUGAGAAAUAUCACCAGAUUCCUGUUUCUGGGUCAAGUCAGGGUAACUCUGAUUCUAUUUUCAUCUCAUGAUCAAUGAAGAAUGGGCAUUCAUGGAGGUGCCACGCUUGGGCAUUCAACAGAUCAAAUGAGAUUAUAGCAUUGUGUUUGGUUCUGUCACCUUGUGUUUAUUACGUAUAGAAUAAAAGAGGAGAAACGGGAACAAUGUCCAACAAUAUUCGUAAUGGUGGGAGAGCGCAAUCAUUUAGCAUUCAAACAUCGGCUCCUCCAGCGGAGAGAGUAACCGACGAACCUGUCACAUAUAAGACCGCUCAGAGCACCGUUACCUGCGCUUAUCAGACAAAUAUUGCUGGUUUCUGGCGAAAUGUAACCAUCUUGUGGUGCAAGAACAUCAUGAACCAUUCCCUCAGUAUAACAGUUGAUAGCCUAGAUGGUGAAAUUCAUCACACAUGCAAGAUUGACCUCAAGCCAUGGCACUUUUGGAGCAAAAAGGGGUACAAGUCCUUUGAGUUUGAUGGAAACCCAGUGGACGUGUUCUGGGAUCUCAGGUCUGCCAAGUUUUCAGGUGGCCCUGAGCCGUCUGCAGACUACUACGUUGCCCUAGUUUCAGAUGAAGAGGUGGUGUUGUUGUUGGGGGAUCACAAGAAAAAGGCUUAUAAGAGGACGAAAUCGAGACCAGCACUUGUUGAUGCUAUACAGUUUUACAAAAAGGAGAACGUAUUUGCAAAGAAAUGUUUCUCCACCAGAGCCAAGUUUGAAGAGAAGAAAAAGGAACACGACAUUGUCGUGGAGAGCUCGACAUCAGGGCCUAGAGAUCCUGAAAUGUGGAUUAGCAUAGAUGGGAUUGUGUUGAUCCACGUUAAGAACUUGCAGUGGAAGUUCAGAGGGAAUCAAACUGUGUUAGUUGAUAAACUGCAGGUGCAGGUUUUCUGGGAUGUGCAUGACUGGUUGUUUAGUAACCCUGGCACAGGUCAUGGCUUGUUCAUUUUCAAACCAGGUGCCCCAGAAGCAGACAGUGACAGAGAUGGGGACAGCAGCCGUGGAGGUGACAGUGACACCAGCACAGGGAGCAGCAGGUAUUACAACGCCCGAGCUGCAGCACCAGAAUUCAGCCUUUUACUUUAUGCCUGGAAGAUUGACUGAGACAUGAGCCUCAUUGAUAAUGGCUAGCAAAGGCAGAGAUUUGAACAGACACUGUCAUGGGGGGGUAUUUGGGUGAAAUGAUCAUGCUGCAGGAGCAAGGCAAUCAAGUCAGUUUCAUUAGGUUUAAUUUCACCCGUGUGGAUGUAAUUGACAUAAUAACCUAAACGCUGAGAUUGGAUAUUCAAUACCAUACAAGUGUCUAAGAUUCUAAACUACGUGUGCAUAACUGCUUAAUA